ACGGUGCCGCGUCCCCGCGCAGGAGGCGGGUGGAUCCCCGUGCGGCAGCCGGUUGCGGUGCGAGGCGGAGCGAGCAGGAGGAGAGCGCCGCAGCCGCCAUCAUGCCCAACAUCAAGAUCUUCAGUGGGAGCUCGCACCAGGACCUGUCCCAGAAGAUCGCCGACCGCCUCGGCCUGGAGCUGGGCAAGGUGGUCACGAAGAAGUUCAGCAACCAGGAGACAUGUGUGGAAAUAGGCGAGAGUGUACGUGGGGAGGAUGUCUACAUUGUGCAGAGUGGCUGUGGUGAAAUCAAUGACAAUCUGAUGGAGCUCCUUAUCAUGAUAAAUGCCUGUAAGAUUGCCUCAGCCAGCAGAGUCACAGCUGUCAUACCCUGCUUCCCUUAUGCUCGGCAGGACAAAAAGGACAAGGUAAGGGAUGCGGUAAAGAUUUCUAGUCGAGCUCCGAUCUCUGCCAAACUGGUUGCAAACAUGCUGUCUGUGGCAGGUGCAGAUCAUAUAAUCACCAUGGACCUGCAUGCAUCUCAGAUUCAGGGUUUUUUUGAUAUCCCUGUUGAUAACUUAUAUGCUGAGCCUGCUGUACUGAAAUGGAUCAAAGAAAAUAUUGCAGAGUGGAAGAACUGCACCAUUGUUUCACCAGAUGCUGGUGGAGCCAAGAGAGUGACCUCCAUUGCAGAUCGAUUGAAUGUAGACUUUGCCCUCAUUCACAAGGAGCGCAAGAAGGCCAAUGAAGUGGAUCGCAUGGUGCUGGUGGGUGAUGUGAAAGACAGAGUGGCCAUUCUGGUAGAUGAUAUGGCAGACACAUGUGGUACCAUCUGUCAUGCUGCAGACAAGCUUGUGUCAGCUGGAGCCACCAAAGUUUAUGCCAUCUUAACUCACGGGAUCUUUUCUGGGCCAGCAAUUUCUCGGAUCAAUAAUGCCUGUUUUGAGGCAGUUGUAGUCACAAACACAAUACCCCAGGAGGACAAGAUGAAGCAGUGCCCUAAAAUCCAGGUGAUUGACAUCUCAAUGAUCCUUGCGGAGGCCAUCAGGAGGACUCAUAAUGGGGAAUCUGUCUCCUACCUAUUCAGCCAUGUCCCUUUAUAACAACAGAUGCCAGCUGCUGCUUGUAUGGCUUUUUUUAAAACCAAAAGUUGUUCAGCUUGUUGUAAAGUUCAGUAGAAGACUCUGCUUGUUCCAGUGCAGUUCUCCACAGCUCCUCCUGCUUAAGUCAGGCUUACUGGCUCUGAUCCCAACACUGGGAGGCUGGGGGGGGAAGCUCAUCUCUGUAACACUCCAACUCCACCAGCAACCCUGUGCAUUGGGGCUCAUCAGUAGUAUUGACUCAAUUCUGCAGAUCUGUGGAGAGCGGGACUGACACAUGGUUAAUUGCCACAAUUAUUU